GGAGGGGGAUGAGAUUUCUCGCUGCCCAAUCCCCCUGUUCCCCCGGGAGCAGCAGCCUUCCACGGUCCGUCCCUCCCUCUUGUUUGCUAAUCAUUUCAUUUUACUCCUUUUUGAAGCGGUGGCUUGUUUUUUAUCCCACUUUUCAUUUUUCCACAAUCCGCGGCUGCUCGCCUCCCUCUGAUCCCCGGCUCUCCACGCUCCGUUCUCCCGGCGUCAGGCUCUCCGGAUCCCGGCUGAUUCUCGUUUCUCUCUUUCGGCUCCUCUGAGAUGCUCUCCCCGCUCUCCGCUCCUCUCUCCGCCCUCUUUUAACUUCACAGAGACGCCGGUUUAAAGCCCGGACUGCUGCGAGCCGGGGCUGGGAUCUAAAACAACCCCGGAGAAACCCAGAGGGAUCCCGGGCUCUUCUUUGGAUCAGGACCCGGUACUUUGGGGAAGCUCGCUCGUGUGUCCUCCACCCCCUCCUCCUCCCCUCCUUCUGCAUCGCUCCUCUUUUCUCCACCUUAAUCCAGGUGGUCCUUUGGCAUUUUUGAGUGGCUGGUACAGGGAGGAUUAUUCUUCUUCUUUCUUGUUUCUGGUGAAGACAAAGUUCCCAGAAGGACACUUUGAUGUUCUCCAUCCAGGACAGCCUCCCCCGGGGGGCCCUAACCAUGAAGGAGGAGCCGCUCCCCACCGGCAUGACCCCGGUCCGCUCCUGGAUGCAGGGCGCAGGGAUUUUGGACGCCAACACAGCGGCCCAGAGUGGUGUUGGUUUAGCCCGAGCUCACUUUGAGAAGCAGCCACCGUCCAACCUGAGGAAGUCCAACUUCUUUCACUUUGUGCUGGCGCUGUACGACAGACAGGGUCAGCCGGUCGAGAUCGAGAGGACUUCCUACGUCGACUUUGUGGAGAAAGACAAGGAGUACAACGGAGAGAAGACCAACAAUGGGAUCCACUACAGGCUACAGCUCCUCUACAGCAACGGCAUCAGGACAGAACAGGAUCUUUAUGUUCGGCUGAUAGACUCCAUGACCAAACAGCCGAUCCUGUACGAAGGUCAGGACAAGAACCCAGAGAUGUGCCGCGUCCUCCUCACCCACGAGAUCAUGUGCAGUCGGUGCUGUGACAAGAAGAGCUGCGGAAAUCGCAAUGAGACGCCGUCUGACCCCGUCAUCAUCGACAGAUUCUUCCUCAAGUUCUUCCUCAAGUGCAAUCAGAACUGUUUGAAAAAUGCAGGAAACCCACGAGACAUGAGGAGGUUCCAGGUGGUGGUUUCCACUACAGUCAACGUUGACGGCCACGUGCUGGCGGUGUCAGACAACAUGUUCGUGCACAACAACUCCAAACAUGGCCGCCGCGCCCGACGCCUGGACCCCUCUGAAGCAGCCACGCCCUGCAUCAAAGCAAUCAGCCCGAGCGAGGGCUGGACGACUGGCGGGGCCACCGUCAUCCUCAUUGGGGACAACUUCUUCGACGGCUUGCAGGUUGUCUUCGGCACCAUGCUGGUCUGGAGCGAGCUGAUCACCCCUCACGCCAUCCGGGUCCAGACUCCCCCUCGUCACAUCCCCGGGGUUGUGGAGGUCACGCUGUCCUACAAAUCCAAACAGUUCUGCAAAGGAGCGCCGGGACGCUUCGUCUACACCGCCUUGAACGAGCCCACCAUCGACUACGGCUUCCAGAGGCUACAGAAGGUCAUCCCUCGCCACCCCGGGGACCCUGAGAGGUUACCUAAGGAGGUGCUGUUGAAGCGAGCAGCCGACCUGGUGGAGGCUCUUUAUGGGAUGCCACACAACAACCAGGAGAUCAUCCUGAAGCGAGCGGCCGACCUCACCGAGGCCCUCUACAGCGUCCCUCGCAGUCACAACCAGCUGCCGUCUCUCACCGGCUCGGCCGCUCACUCGGGGAUGAUGGGAGUCAACUCGUUUAGCAGUCAGCUUGCUGUCAACAUCUCCGAGGCCUCGCAGGCCGACCAAGGUUAUUCCCGUAACUCGAACAGCGUGUCUCCUCGCGGCUACGUGCCGAGCUCCACGCCUCAGCAGUCCAACUACAACACCAUCACAUCCACCAUGAACGGAUACGGAGCGGGGAUGACCAACCUGGGCGUACCUGGAUCCCCCAGCUUCCUCAACGGCUCCACCAACUCUGCUUACGCAAUCAAACAGAAGAGCGCCUUCGCCCCUGUCGUGCGGCCACAGACCUCCCCGCCCCCCACCUGCACCACCACCAAUGGCAGCAACCUCCAGGCUAUGGCAGGCCUCAUCGUCCCGCCCAUGUGAGGAGGAUUCUCAGCCAGAUACCGUCAGACCCCUCCCCCGACCCCCUGAGCGCUGAUGGCCCCGCCCACCUGAAACGCCACAACAAGAACAGCAGCGAAAAAUCCUUCCCGUCAUCCCCCCAGACCGACCCAGAAUCCAUCACUGCAGCAGAAGAAAAAGUCUGACUCUUCAUCGAUUCAUUCAGCACCAUCGUGUUCGAUGUGGAACUUUAAAUCAACGAGCAGCCGCUCCCUCAGAGGAGGUCAGAGGUCAGAGAUGUGAACUGUGGGAGGGAGGGCAGGUGUCUGCAGUUACUACAUGUUGUGUGAGUAUUUGUUGUGCUGAGUUAGUUUGACUUCAGAAGUCUGUGGAGACUCAACAGGUCUCAGAUCAGUUUGAACCACUGUGAGACAGGAAGGAGGCGUGUCCAUCGGCAGCUUCUGAUCACCGCCACGACAUCACCAAGAAAGGUUUAGAUCUCAUUGGAUAAUAAGCCAAUCAGGUUUGAUUUAAAGGGCCAGUGCUCUUUAACAUUUUAGCCACUACGUACAAAUCACAGGUGAACAUUUAUUUUUUCAUUCCAGGUCUCCGUUGACUUUCAUUUAUUUCCAUAUAAUAGGAAUUAUUAAGAAGACUCUAAAAACUUGCAUAUCUUUUGUAAUCUAUCACAGUCAAGUUGUCCGGUGGCGGACUUGUUCAAGCCUCCAUCUUUCAUUCCUUCAGCCACCCUCCUGAAGAGGUCGCAGUUGAGAUAGUUGCACGUAUUCAAAGAUCUCUUGAUAUCCAAGUCUUUUAUAAAGUUUAAAAGUAGGUGUGUUUCUCCUUCCAACCAGAAAUGUGGGCAUCACUUUUGAGCAUGCCUCUCUGACCCACAGCCCUGCAAACUGGCAAUGUAUGUAAUUCAUUCAUUGUGCAAAAUUAGAAAAAACAUGUUGGCCGAUGCUGAUAGUUUUAAGAGUCAACUUUAAAAUUAACACGGUCAGUCUAUCAUACGGAAAUGAGUCGACACUACGGAGGACCUGAAUGGCCAAAAAAUAAAACGAUUUAAAAAAAAAAAAAUACAAUCAAAUGUGCAGACAACAUUAAAAUAAAAAGCAAAAUGAUAUAUACAGCAGUUGAAACUUACCACCUCACUGGUAUGGUGCCUGAAAUAUUACAAUUAAUCAUAAUUUUUCUCUGCAUGUUUUAGUUCAUUUAUUUCAAACUCUCCAUCAGUCUUUGGAUUGAUAUUCCCCCCCAACAGGCUCCCGUAGCUUUGAGUUUAUUUCUAUGAAAAUGAACCUGCAGAAGGAAAAUUGUUUCAUCAACAUUAAGUCAACUUUUACAUUCCUUAUUGUUGCAUGACAAAAGUUCAGGCUUCAACUCAUUCUGCACUUUUUAAACAUCAUAAGGCAACAAUGACUGACGUGAUGGAAAAUAUUCGUCUCUGCAGAUUAAAGUUCAGAACAAAUGAAGAUAAAUUAUCUUUAUGGUUGUUCACGGAUGAUGUCAGCAUGUGGUCGCGUAGUCAGUGAGCUUAAAUGUGAAAAACAGCGGUGCGACCCUUUAAAGUUACAGUCAAAUGUGUAACAUGUGACUCUGGAGAAAGAUCGUUGAUUGUUGAGUCAGAGGACGUUGAUUAUGGACAAGUUGAGUUUGUAGUUGAACCAAACCACCGACCCAAAGCAUCGAUAUUUGACAAGCAGGGAAUGAGUCUCAGCAAUCAACUGUCUUUCUCCAGAGUUACAUAGCAGCACUUUUAAGGUUUUAAAUGAUUGAGCGCCCAAAAUAACCAUAUUUUGGUUAUAAUAUGUUUUAUAAAUUCCAUGUUAAGAUCUCUAAAACCUGUGAUUGGUUGUGGCUAGAUCAGAAGCCAUCGGUGGACUCUGAACCUGAGUUGGACCGAGUCCAGAAACCAGGAAAAAUCAAACUCUUCAAACCUUUUUUUUUUCUAAUCUGGAAAAGCCGUCAGACGGUUUCCGGAUUUUCAAUCAGAAAAACUAAAACUCCCCAAAGGACCAGACUCCUUAAAGACGUCUGAUAAAGAUCACGUCUUCUGGCAUUUUCCUUUCUGUACCAUAGCUUUUAACGAUAUUUGUGUCUCAUAAUUUGAAAAGGAGGAAAAUGCAGUAAUUUUCUAAGCUAAAGAAAGAAUUAACAAACAUCCUGCAGAGAAGAACAAAUGUUACACUAACGUUUGUCUGAAUAAAGUCGAGGCAGCCCAAUGUUUUGUUUUUGUUUUGUUUUGUUUUAUUUUUUAAUAAUUUUCCGUUUUUUUUGUUUCGGUCGUUUGUCAAUUUUAAAAAUCCAGUACAAUAGUUUCUGUUUCGCGGGUGUGUCGAGUGGUAGAUUUUAACCAGAAAAAGCUUGCAGCAGUUUUAAUCACAUUUAGGUACCAGAUUUUCUUGUUAUUCUUCUGAUUGUGCUUAUUUUAUAUGUAUUUAUAAAAGUAUGUUUUGGGGAGUUCCUUUUGUGAUUUAGGCCUGAAUGAUAGUCUCAAAUAUAUAUGUAAACACAUUUGAUGUCUUAAUACCUUUUAGAUAUUGUAAAAAGAGUGAACAAGUGAGAGGAAUUAACCCUUUUGUAAAAACAAAAAAAACGUCACGACAUGGUCACCCUGUUUUUGAAAGCAGGACGUAAAAAAAACGCUUUCAUCACUUUUGUAUAAAAAUGCUUUUCCGAUACGAUAUUUAACUUUUUGUAAACAGCAUCAUUUGUGUUUCCCCUGGUUCUUCUCGUCCUUUGUGUAUUAUUGUGAAAUGUAUAAUCAUGGUUAUUUCUUAAUGCACUAUUUUUGUUGGGGCACUUAAUAAGAGCAAUGCAUCUUAGCAAAAAAGAAAAAAAAAAAAGCUAAAAGUUACAAAAAAAAGAUGAAAGCUAGAACGAUAUGCACCGAUAUGUUUUUUCUGCCGUUCUGAGACGGCAAAAAUCCUUGUCAUGUGAAAUUUUUAUAUUUCAGAAGCUUAUAACGUCAUAAUAUUCCUCCACUCUUACUUUUGGACCGAGCGUAUCUCUUGGUUUCGGUGUUUAGAAGACAAUAUUUUAUCCAUCUUAAUAUUAGACCCGAUCCUCGUCUUUGUGUUUUUUGGUGAGAAUGAUUGUACGAUUUAAAAACAGGCAGCAGAUUUUAAAACCACUCCGAAAAUGAGUUUUUGGGUCACUGAUCUCAAGGAAACUUCCAUCGAUGUUGGUGUUGUUGUUGAUGGUGCUGUUCUCGUCGUCGCACACAAUCUGGAUCAUUUACUUAUGCAACUGUGUUCCUGUUCUGUAAUGCAAGCUCGUCUUCCACGCCGCCGUGGAAACGUUCGGAAAAAUUAAAAGAACUGAAAGUCGUGUUUGAUGCCUUACGAUUGACAACACAAAGUCUUCUCUUUGUUUGACAAAGUUUUCAUUCUGCAGGAUUUAUCGUAGAUCGUUUUCGUUUGGUUUUUAAUUUGUUUGACGAGUCUCCAGUUAAACUGUGAGGACUUUUGUUUUGCACCAAACGUUUGUCCCUCAGGUUCCCCAAAAAACAUGAAGUUUGCAUCAUCAGCACUGACCUGAAACUGAAAAAGCUACGUUAGCAGUUAGCCUUCCAAACAGCCUUUCAAGCUAAAGCAGGAUUUAUACAUGUACGUCAGCUCUAUGCAGAGCCUACGCCAUAGCCUACACAUGUGGCCUACACCGUUGUGAGCAUUAUACUUGUGUGGUGGUGUGUCUGUGUCACUCUGCAGUUACACCUCCAAAACACUAGUUGGCGGUGGUGUUUCUGUGAAGUACUGUAAAAUUUAGUUGAUUCAAAACACACAUUAAACAUGGCAACAAUUUCAAACACAAGUACACAAAUUGGCCUCAUUAUAAGAAGCAGCAUUCACAGACAAACACAUACAACAUGCUAACGUUAUUAGCACAAGCCUAUGGCAUUUUACAUUGUAUAAAUUAGCCUAGCAGCUAGCGGACUUUUCCUCUACUCAUAUGAAGCCAGGAUAAAUCACACACAAGACUUAAAAUGAUAUUUUGUGGAGGUUUUAUUGUCUUCACAAUUUAUUGUUUCUUAUCUGACAGGAGGUCUGCUUUGCCACAACGUGUAGUUACAUCUCUGGGAAGGUGCAUGUCAGGCUCCGGCGUAGGCUCUGCAUCAAUGUCAAUUCGACGCAGAAGUGUAAAUCCUGCUUAAAACUCCUUGAUUCUGAUGUUGUGUCAUAUAGCAUCCACAAAUCACACAGGAAGGUACCACAACACAAUCUGGGACGUCACUAUAGAAGCGCACCUUGUUCAGGAAAGAGAAAAAGUUAUCUGGAGUUAUCUUGUAAUUAUACCGUCAGCAGCAUGUAAUUAUAAUUUAACAUCUCUGAAUCGUAAUAAAUUACAAUAAAACCAUUUCAUAUGACAAGAUUUGUGUGUAAAAGUACAUGAAAACCCAUUAUGACAUCAUCUAUGGAAAAAAAAUAUCAGCAUUUCAAAUUUAUGAGGGAAUAAUCCCACAUUUACAAGAUCAGUAUCUCUAUCUCAGAAUUACGAGAUCUGUGUCCCACCUCUAAGAGAAAACCAUCGUACAUAUCUGACGCUUAUAUCACAAUUCUGACAGUUACAUGUUUUGUACAAUAAGUUGACGUCAAAACUCUCCGACAGUAUGCAUGUCUCAGGAUCACAAUCAGGAGGAGACUCUCUUAGCGUAAUUAUGAAAUCAGAAUCUUACAGUUACAAAACCCAUAUCAUGAAUUCUAGAGAAAAUGUUCUGAUAUUUACAAGAUCCAUAUUUCAUCAUUAUGAGAAAACAGUCUCAUAAUUUUGAGACAUGGAUCUUAAAUUCAGAAUAUACAGAUCUCAUGAGGAAAGUUAUAAAACAACAUCUCAGUUUUCAGCGUUGACUUUAACGACUGUCAUAGAAACAGUUUUUCCAAACUUUGUGCUGAAAGAAACAAGACCCAUCUCACAUCCCUUUAACUCCUGAAAAAUAAAACCACAUGAAUCUCUAAACUCUCUGAGUGGAGGGCAGGAAUCUGGAGUUUGGACGGAUUAAACUUUUGACUUUAUGCAAAUCCAGCAGGACUGACAGAAACCUUCAGUCACUGCACAACAUCAGCCAGACGCCAUCGUGUUGGCCUGUGGUUGAACAUCUGUCCAGUGUCUUUAGGAAAAGCCAUUUUUUCAAUUACACUAAUGAAACGCAGCCGGCGAACAGUCACACCUCGCACUGAACGUUUCACUUCAACAUGAGCGUCCGUCUCCACGUUUCAAACAGCUUGCUAUAAUACUGUUUUGUUUUUGGUUUUUUUUGGUCACAGUUGUAGAAAGUUUGCUUCUCACCAUCCUGGUUUUCAGCCGAGGUUUUAAAACUGCAAAGUAUACUUUUUUCGAUGUUUUACUUCAAUGUGAAAGAGGGCAGAGGUACUGCAUCUUUGUGAAAUAUGAAAUAUAUCAUCAAAGUAUAUCAAAGCACAAUGUUUAAUUAAUGUCUUUAGAAUACAAACGGGGGGGCGACACCCCCGGCUUUUUUCUUUUCUUGUCUCUGGCCAUGCUGUAAAUAGAUGCAUGUUUUUUUUUUGGUUUAUUUUCCUGUGAUCCAGUGCUUUUUGUACAGAAACAGUCUAAUAAAGAUUACAUUUGGCUUGAA